GUGGUCUGUGUCGGCCCCGCCCCCUCCCGCGCAGGGGCCGCGGCCGCGCUGUCGGUGUCGGUCGGUGUCGGUGCGGGUCGGCGCCGCCAUGUCGCGGUUGCACCGGAGCAGGAUCGCGGACUUCCAGGAGGUGCUCGGGGAACCCACGGUGGCUCUGGCCAAGCUGCGCGACCUGUGCUUCAGCGGAAUUCCCUUUGACGGUGGGCUGCGCUGCCUGUGCUGGAAGAUACUCCUCAACUACCUCCCUUUAGAGAAAGCCUUAUGGAGCUCUUUGCUGAAGAAACAGAGGGAUCUGUAUUCCCAGUUCCUAAAGGAAAUGAUUAUCCAGCCUGGGAUUGCCAAAGCCAACCUGGGUGUUUCAAGGGAAGAUGUGACCUUAGAAGAUCAUCCACUCAACCCAAACCCAGACAGCCGGUGGAACACUUACUUCAAGGAUAACGAAGUGCUUCUCCAGAUAGACAAAGAUGUCAGGAGGCUGUACCCCGACAUGGCCUUUUUCCAGCGCCCAACUGACUACCCCUGCCUUUUAAUCCUGGACCCCCAGAACGAGUUUGAGACGCUGCGCCGGCGGGUGGAACAGACCACGCUCAAGUCGCAGACGGUGGCGCGCAACCGCAGCGGGGUUACCAAUGUGAGCUCCCCCCUUAAAACAACAGCCAAUUCUCUGAGUGAGUAUGAAGUUCUGCCCAAUGGCUGUGAAGCUCACUGGGAAGUGGUGGAGCGAAUCCUGUUCAUCUAUGCCAAGCUGAAUCCUGGCAUAGCAUAUGUCCAGGGGAUGAAUGAAAUCGUGGGGCCUCUUUACUACACCUUUGCUACAGAUCCUAACAGCGAGUGGAAAGAGCAUGCUGAAGCAGACACGUUUUUCUGCUUUACCAACCUAAUGGCUGAAAUUCGGGACAACUUCAUUAAAAGCCUGGAUGAUUCUCAGUGUGGUAUUACCUACAAAAUGGAGAAGGUCUACUCCACCCUGAAGGAAAAAGAUGUGGAGCUGUAUCUGAAACUGCAAGAGCAGAACAUCAAACCCCAGUUCUUUGCCUUCCGCUGGCUGACGCUGCUCCUGUCCCAAGAGUUCCUGCUGCCGGACGUCAUCCGCAUCUGGGACUCGCUCUUUGCUGACGACAAGCGCUUUGAUUUCCUGCUGCUCGUCUGUUGUGCCAUGUUGACACUAAUCCGGGACCAGUUGCUGGAAGGAGACUUCACUCUGAACAUGAGGCUGCUACAGGAUUAUCCUAUCUCUGAUGUUCAUCUGAUUUUGAAGAAGGCAAAGGAACUUCAAGAUUCCAAGUAGCCCAUGAGCCUAACAAAAGGUGUCAGAGAAACUGCAUGGCAGCAGAUCCCAGGAGCAGCCCCGUGCAGUGGAGUGCAUUAAAGCUCCUAGUGGUCUCUGCAGGACUUCAGGUGUUGUGUUUGGGCUACUGGCCACCUUGAACACUUCCUUCUACUCUAUUUAUUAGAACUGAUUACUUCCCCAUCUACUUGGGUCCUGCACUCCAGAUUUUCUCAGAUCUCAAAUGCCUCUGUGCUGUGUUGUUUUAAUGACUUUAAGUUUGGGGAGAAAGGAACCAUCUGUCUGUAUGUCCCUGAAGGGAUGGACUCCUGUACCAUGGAAGGAACACAUGGAGUAACUUCUGUUGGGGAAGGGACAGGCUGAGGCCAGUGGAUUUUACUGAGUACAGAAGGAUCUUCCUCCUGUGAGUAGAAUCUGUUCCACCCAAGCGCACAUCCUGCUGUUCAAGUAACUUCUGGAUUCUUCUCCCCUCAUGUCUGUGCCUGGACGUCCCUGGGGCGUGCAGAGAAGAAGAUUGCAUCAGUUCCUGCUGUUUGUCAUCUGACAUGUGGCAGUUUGGACCCCUUUUCCUGGGAAAGAGGCCUUGAGAAGCUGAGGUGGGAGGAUGUGAUUACAGCUGGUGUCUUUGUGCACUGAAACUACCUGAAUCCAGACUCGCCUUAUCAACAAGGUCUCCUUGAGAGCAACACCGUGGGGGUUUUAAUCAACAGGGGUAGUUUGAAGUCAAGCCUUAUUACUCACAGCCUUAGAGCAGAAGCCUUGCUGCUGCAGGGAGGCCUCAUGCUGCUUUCUUGGCUCUGAACUGGAGCGUAUCCAGCUGCAACCGGGAUUUUGAAACACAAGGAACAACUGUCUGGUCACGUGCAAUGAAGACAGCUGUGUUCAGGGCCCUACACAGGCAUGGCACUGGGCUUUUCUGCCUCAGUAGCUUACAUAAUGUUGCCCUGCAUAUCAGCUCUGGUCACAGUAACCUUGAUAUUGUCUCCUAAGUACUUCUUGCCAGGAAGAGAAAUGGUACAGGUCUGACCUGUGAGUCCUUUCAUGUGUCAUCCAGUGGGCAGCUGACUGCUGGGGCUGAUCCCUUCUCUGUGCACAGGUCCUGUUGGAGUCACAAUCCUGAGCUGGACACUUGUCCCUCCUGAGAGGGAUCUGCCGCAUUUCCAGUGGAGCAGACUCAGGUCAGCAUCAACUAAGACAAACUACAGAGAGAGCUGCUGACCUGCUGGCAGUGUGGAGAUGAUGAGAAACCAUAAUCCUCAGAGGGAACUGCCAGCACCCAGGUGCUUGGGUGGUGCAGAAACUGUUGGGUGAACACUAAUGCAGUGUGCUUUUCCUUUUCUCCCUGUGCUGGCUCACCUCUGCAGGGCUGUUGGACACUGCAGCUUUCAGAAUUUAUGGGUAUUGAUUUGGUAAAGGUCAGUCUUUGUAAGAUGUGCUUGAGCUGCUGAGGGCCUAGAAUCACCCUAGCAGAAUGAUUGUCAGCCUUCACCUUCUCUACUAGCUUUGUUUCCUUCACUGAAGGCCAGUUCUGGAAGGAAUUACUGGCUACUGUAAUUCUCACACGGGUGGGUGGGGAGCCCUGAGGCCAGGCUGAUGUUCCUGUGUUUGUUCUUGGCAAUCCCAAGCAAUCUCUGCCUCUUCAGAAGAUGCUGUGUAACACUGGGGCAGGCAGGUGUUGCUGCUCUGGUGCAGCAAGAGAACUGAAGGCUUAAAUCAAUCUGUCAUUAAUACCUGUGGCUAGCAGUUUCCCUCUCUGCUGCAGUCCUUUCCAGAGGGUAGAGUUUUCCUCCAAGAAAUCUGGAAGGGAUAGGCCAGGACAGCUGUGUGAUGGAGCACCCUGUCUGCUCUAACCACUAGGUGAAUGUUCUUCCAGUCUUGUAUUGCUGAGGUGGUCUCAUGGCCUCAGCUCUUGGGUAGCCUGGGCUACAGAGGCCAGUAGUCAGACCUUGUCUGGCCAAAGGGCUAGCUGCUAGGCGCUCAUGUAGAGCCUCUAGGGCAGAGUUGGACCUCCUCCAAACCUUUCUGCCUCAGAACUGCUCUAAAUGACUGCUGUAGCCCUCUCACAUUCCAUAUAUACAAGCUCUGCUCUCACCUCCCCCAGGUAUCUGAACUGUCCAUGUUGGGUUCCUCAGCAAGUGCAGGGUUCCCUUACGCUGUGUUUUCUCACUGGUAACAGGAGCAUCUGUGAGGGUUCCUGCUCUGAAGAGCUACAAGUCUCCUUAAGAUCAUCUGAGAAGGCAGCAGGCAAGUCAGGGUUGAGGCAUGAUUUGGAGAUGAGCUGCUGUGAGUUUUCAGAGUAGAGGUUGGGCCCUGGAGUUGAUCUCCUGCAGUGAAGUUGCUCAGCUCCCUGUCAGGUUCUGCUCUGUAGUGUUACACUUGUGGACUCCUGCUGUCUUCUCCCCUCCUGGGGAGUGAAGAGCUUUGCAUUACACCAUCAUACUUCGUGUUAGAAGGUGGUGGUACAUGCUUUUAAAAGGAGUCUGCAGUGGUUUAAUGGCAUUGAAGAGAACUUUGGCUGCUGGAAAGGGUCUGUGAGAGAAAUUCUCCAGCCUCAUCCAGACCAUGGCUGCUGAACUAACCGAGUUGUUCUUUGGAGAGAACUUGUUAGGAACAACUUUGAUACACCCAGACAGGCUGGUUCCUACAUGAAAAGCUGGUUUAUGUUCCUCCUUAUCCCCUCCUGUGUGGCAGGACUUCUGUCCUGCUGUUGAAUUGUACUGUUCAGUGACUUGGGACAUCAUUUCUUUAUUCCAAGACUCUCUCUUUUCUUUAAGAGCAAACCUAGAUUUUCUGAGGGGAGAAAAAAAAGUUGUUACCAGCUUGUGAAUCUCCUUGUGAGCCUCCUUUGGUUUCAGUUGUCAAAGGCUUUUGAUGUGGGGUUUUUUCACUAGUUCUUUUUGUUCUUGUUGAGGUCAGACAGUAUUUAACUCCUGAUUUCUUGCUUGUGUGGCCAAGUAACAACUGUUACACCCUUGAGAUGUUUCCACCUCUGGUUUCUUUCAGUCCUAAUCUGCUGCAGGAGCAGGUUGGCUGAAGCAGCAGUUCUUUGGGUUGGGAGGUGUUAGUCUGAGGUGCCUUGGGGACCCCUUGUCUCAUAGGGGCCUAAACAGAGGGUGUUCAAAUAACUCAGCACGUUCCUCACAGACAGGGCUGCUGGCAGGCAGGGGAAGGGACACCCAUCUUCAGUGGAGGGACAGGACACCGUGUUGGUUAUGGGGAGAAAUGAGCCUCCUGUGGGAGGAGAUCAGUGCUACCAGCACCUCCCUGUGAUGCAGGCUUUGGGAACCCAGUGGCUUUGCCGGUGAGACAGAAGCAGCAGGACACUGGAGGUGAAGCUGUUGAUGGUUGUCACUCAACACUGAUUUUUUACUUUGAAUUUUGUGACUUACAGCAGAAUUGACACUUUGGCAGUGAGUAGAAUGAAGGCCAAGAGGCUGCUUUGGGGGAGUUGGGGGUGUUUGGGAGAGCAGAGGCUGUUUCCCUUGACUGACUGAAUGAAUGUCCUUUCCCCCAAAGAAAGGAAUGAAUAACACUCGUUUUGGUUUACGUGUUUGGAAAGAUGUGCCAGAACAAGGUGCAGAGAACACUUA